GUUUCAACAAGACAAAACUAAUUACAAAACUAAAACUGGCAGACGAUUUCUAUUGUUUGUAUUAAGACUGAGUUGUUAUGGAGAAGUGACAUUCAAAUGCUCUAAACUAAAUUAUUUUUAAUUUUAACUUCCGACGAGAUUUGAUGGUCCUUUAUAUUUAUUUCACAAUUUUGAGUAUCGAAUCUGUAUAAAAUUAUGAUUGAAUUCUGUACUUUUCGCCGUAUGGUUAUUUUUAUCGUGUGUUUAGCUUUUUCAUCAUUGGUUGUAUUGGCUGUUGAAAGUUAUUUAACUCCUACAAAUGAGAAGUAUCCUCAGAAUAACAGUCUUAGUGAGAACAUAUCUGGUGCUCCUUGUUGGCAAAUUGAAGAUUACUUUAUAAAGCAACACUGUGCUCCAUGUUCUGAUUUUGAAAAGGUGAGCAGACAUCUACCAGCUUGUGUUUCAACUGGUUACAAAGAAAUGGUUUCUUGUAAAGUAUCUGGAGAUGUUUAUAGGAGUUGUGACAAAGUACUAUGGUUAGAAGAAAGGAAUUUUUUCAUUUUUGAAAGCUGCAUGGUUUGCUUAAGUAUAGUUAGUGCUGCUGUAACUUCUUUUCGCCAAAAGCAGCUAGACCAACGUAUGAUGAUGAGAAUACAACAGCAAAUAUCUGCAGGUGUUUGAAGUUAUGAGAUACCAGACGUAUUCGUUGAUAGCUUCAACUGCUUGAGUCAAUUAAACAUGAGUGAGAUAAAUGUCAUAUUCAUCUGUGAUGUAUUUUUAUAUGUAUCAAAGCUAAACAAAUUUUUGUAAAAUACAUUUAUUUAAAUUAUUUAUUAAUAAAUAUUAUUGAU